GCGCAGCAAGUGUUUAGGGUUUCGGCUCCUUCGAUUUUUAGGGUUUUAAGAAAAUUUUUUAGGGUUUUAUCAGAACGCUUUGGGAGGAAAUACGAUGGCUGGGAUGGAAAAUUCGCAGGAGCUUCAGCGAUUUCUUGAGCAAGAGAAGCAGAAAGCCAUGAUCAGCGAGAUGGUUGGGAAACUCACAAGUGUAUGCUGGGACAAAUGCAUCACUGGCAGUCCAGGCAGCAAGUUUAGCUCCAGCGAGACCAGCUGCCUUACGAGCUGCGCGCAGAGGUAUAUGGACAUGAGCAUCAUAAUCAUGAAGCGUUUUCAGUCAAUGUAGUGUGCUUGGCUUAUGAAUUUCCUGUUCGAUCGUUUACUUCUGCCAACUUUAUUAAUCUGUUAUUGAUGAGAUUUGAUAAUUAUCUGAUGAAUUAUCUGCAUGAUCCGAUGAAUUAUUCAUAGAAGUUGAUUUAGUUUGUUAUGUGUAUUUAUGUUCUUGUUUGCUCUCAGCUGCCGUUUUAGGAAUGAGUAUGAAAUUAAGGGUCGUUUGGUGUUU